AUGGAGGUGAACUGCACGCUCAUUGAGUGCCAGGAUGGCAAGAACCCGUCACGCACGCUGUUCAACCUCCUCAUUCUCGAUGCCCCGUCUCCGAGUAAUCUGCCCACGUACAUUAAGACGCUGCAGCGGCGGCAUGUACGGCAUCUUGUGCGUGUGUGUGGCCCCACCUACGACGCGACGCUCGUUGAAAAGAGCGGCAUUGAGGUCCACAGCUGGCCGUUCGAUGAUGGUGCGGCUCCGCCGAAGUCGGUACUGGAGAGCUGGUUCCGGCUGUUAGAUGCUGAAAAGGAUCAGUUGGACUCUGGAGCUUCUGAACAGCCCGCCACGGUUGCGAUCCACUGUGUGGCUGGCCUUGGUCGCGCGCCUAUUCUUGUGGCUUUGGCGCUUGUGGAGUACGGCGGUGUUGAGCCGCUCGACGCGAUUUCAAUGGUUCGCGAGAAGCGGCGUGGUGCCAUCAAUCAGACGCAGAUGCAAUGGCUUUCCAAGUACAAGAGGCGUGGUGGCUCCAGCGGCGGGUGCACGGUCAUGUAA